ACGAGCUCCAAGAGCACGUCAGAGUCGCUGCACCGGACGAGAGAAAUGUGGAGAAAGAACGACGAGGUAAACGACUGUUUGUAGGCAGGCGCGAUAUCGAUGAAUAAAACAAUGUGUCGGCUAAUGUAAAAUACGUGUAGUAUCUCUCGUUCGAUAACGACGAGCAUGUGUAUUACGGAAGAGGCCAGGGUUUGCGUGAACAAAAAAAUGUGGUAAAAACGAGUGUAUAUAACUUCUGAAAAAAAAUGCGCAUAUAAUCUACAUGCGGUGUCGUGUACGUAUUUACAGCUUUUCGGAGAAAAACGGAAAAGCGCGUGUGUGUCUUUCUCUCUUUGAUGGAUUUUAUGGCACGUCUGCGAAAAAUUCAGUCGUUUAUGAAUAUUUGACGACGAGGUAUUAACGAAUUUGUGACUGACGCUGGCGAUAGUGGGUCAGAAGAUUCGCGAUAAAAUAUAAAAUCCCUGUGUAUCGUUUGCUAUCUCUAGACCAGCGCUAGAGUCACGUGUGACAGGAUGAAGACGGAUGACAAUGGAAAAGACAGCGAGCCGCGCAUUUUGCUUGUGCGCCAAGUAAUUGCAGAUUAGCCUGUUACGAAAAAAAAAAGUAUUUUUCUCGACAUUCGUAACCCAGACAUUUUUCACUUAUUAUAGCAGCGUCCUUAUUUUUUCUAGUAAAAAAAAUAAUGAAGAAGAAGAAGCUGAAUUAAGCAGAUUAAACAAUACAAUGGUAUAGUUUACCAAAAGUUCUCUCGCGACGCAUACUGAGGACUUCAUUAAAUCAAAGCGGUUCCGAGUGGACGCAUUAAAACUCGUUUAACAAGACUAUUAUUUUCACAAGUGCUCGUUCUCGUGUCCUAGAGAAAAAGUCUCUGGCUGUCCGUAAAAAAAAACGUUUUACAAUACUUUAAUAUCGAGUUAGAAAAUAACAAUGUACGCGUUAUUAUAAGAUCGUAAAGGCUUUGUUUAAUCGGGCACUUGCAGUAAUUCCCACUUUCUCUCCGGCCCCAUUUACAUUCUCAUGCGCGUAAUGAACAUCAUGUGCCAUUCGACACACGCUUCGAAACCUUUCCGACCUUUCGUCCAACCGGAAUAACGAAUGGCUCGAGAAAUAUUUCAUAAACGUAUGUAUGAAUCGUUACAAUAAUAGCUUCUUUGAAAGGCCAUGAAUUUUCACUUAUGGAUAAAUAAUAUCGUUGCUUUGAAAAGGUCAAGCAGAGGAGAAGAUCCUCCGAGCGCUGCUGCACCGAAUGCCAAAAGCCUUAAACAGGUUUAAAAAAAGAAACAAACCCACUCGCGUGCGGUCCUCCUCGAGUGAGUUCUUUGAUCCAACGCCUCUAGUGCGUCGUUACUAAGGGCUGCAGUCGGUCUCUAUCAAACGUUUCUUCUUCUCUCCUCUAAAGCAAAAAAAAAAUCAAGGAUCGUCAUCGUAUCCUCCAAAAAAUUCCAACCGAAUCCAUCUCGCCGGUACUUUUCCUCACCGCAGAGAGCAUACAAGGCAUCAUGAUCUCUCGGUAUAUUAUAGCACAAAAGUCGUCGAGCAGCCUCUCCGUCAUCCUUGGCUUUUCCGCAGCGAACAGCUGAGAGAGUAUCUCCCGGCAGCUGCUGCCGGGGGACAUCACGCACAGCGAUAGACAGGUAUAUAUAAAAAUCGGUGCCUUGCGCGCGCAGCUCGCUCACACCGAAUGCCCAUAUAAAAGCCAAGUCCCACGCGGACCCAACUCAGCAUUUCGGCCGGCGACUCGCUCUGUGCCACAACACAGUGCAUUCGCUCGCAGUAUAUUUUCGGUUUCUCUCACGUCCAUUUCAGCUCUCUCGUGUUUGUGAUUUUGCGGAGAGGAGGAAAGCGCAGUAGUAUACCGUAUAUCCUAUACACACACACACUUGCUCCACUCACACAAGUCGGAGCCACGUGUAUAGACGCAUCGCUCGGCUGCACAUCGUGUCUUCCUUUAUUCCUCGGCGUCAGUAGCGGUUCUGCUCUUCUCGACACUAGUACGGCCAGUACACAGCGUCGUGACCAUGGAAACCAAAGACUUGAAAACAAUGUUGACCGACAUGGACCAACUGCCGUCGAUCAAGCUGGGCGACUUCACCCUGGAGUUCGAGCUCGGUAACCCCAGCGUCGAGAUCCAGGAAGUGGCCAAGAAGGAGCUCCGUGAGACACCCGACAUCGUCAAACAGGGUGUCACCGAACUCAGAGAACUCCUCAAAGCCGAACCCGAUCUCAAGUGUCCCCUGGAGAACGACGCCUGGCUCGUAAGGUUCCUCCGGCCCUGCAAGUACUACCCCGACUCGGCGCUGAAGCUCGUGAGGAACUACUACAGCUUCAAGCAAAAGCACUCGAACGUCUACGAGAGCCUGAAGCCCAGCAAUGAGGGCAACAUCUUCGCCCACAACAUCCUCACGGUCUUGCCGAACCGCGACCAGCACGGCAGGCGGAUCCUCAUAAUCGAGCUCGGAAAGAAGUGGAAGCACAAUGAGGUCACCCUCGAUGAGGUCUUCAAGGGCUGCGUGCUGUACCUCGAGGCAGCGAUGCUGGAGCCUACGUCCCAGAUCGCCGGUGCCAUAGUCAUCUUCGACAUGGACGGCCUGUCGCUCCAGCAGACGAUGCAGUUCACGCCCCCGUUCGCCAAGAGGAUAGUUGACUGGCUCCAGGACGCUGUUCCCCUCAGGAUCAAGAACAUCCACAUCGUCAACCAGCCCUAUAUCUUCAACAUGGUCUUCGCUCUCUUCAAGCCUUUCCUCAGGGAGAAGCUCAAGAGCAGAAUCAUCUUCCACGGAAAGGACCGCAAAUCGCUCCACAAGUACAUCUCGCCCAAGAGCCUACCCGAGUGCUACGGAGGCAACCUGCAAAUCCCAAGGGUGACCGGUAAACAGUGGCUGGAGCUCCUCAUGAUGUGCGACAAGGAAUUCGACGCGAUCAACUCUUACGGCUACCCCAAGAAGUAGAAGCCGAUCGAGAUCGAGCGAAGCGUUCGCCGCUGGGCCAUCCUCGUCGUCGACACUACGCAAAAGUAUUCCCGAGCGUUUUUGCGCGCGAAAUAUAAAAAAUAAAAAAACAUAUCUCCGCGUUGCCGUUGAUCGGCCGCGUCUACUUAACGGUUAAAAAAAAAAACUCUCGGUGUUUCGAAGGACAAUGGAACAAAAGGAAAAAUUAACGCGCAUCAAAGUGAGAGAGAACUUAGCUUCUUAUAGCGACUAAGUUUUUUUAACGAUUACACCCAUCGAUACGUACGAAAGCUCGACCCGAGAUAAGGAAGAGCUCGUACUUAUCGACACGCUGUAAAGGAACGGUUAUUAUUAUUAUUAUUAUUGUUAAUGAAUUAUUAUCUAAUUUUAAUUACUGUGUAAAUUAGGUAAGGUUGUACACUACGUAAGGAUAAUUAUUACGAACGAUAUGUAGCCGAGUUUUUAUACGCGCUUUAAUAAACGUGAAUUGUAUAUUAGUGAUGAAAAAAAAAAGAAAGAUGAUCAUGCAAACUGCAAAAA